UCGGCCGCUGCCGCCGCCACCGCCGGGCAGAAGAUGGCCGUGCUGCCCGCAUACGCCGAUCUUGGCAAGUCUGCCAGGGACGUCUUCACCAAGGGCUACGGGUUUGGAUUAAUAAAACUCGAUUUGAAAACCAAGUCCGAGAAUGGAUUGGAAUUCACAAGCUCCGGCUCAGCCAACACAGAGACCACCAAAGUGACAGGCAGCCUGGAAACCAAGUACAGGUGGACCGAGUACGGCCUGACUUUCACCGAGAAAUGGAACACGGACAACACCCUGGGCAGCGAGAUCACCGUGGAAGAUCAGCUUGCACAUGGACUGAAGCUGACUUUUGAUUCGUCCUUCUCACCUAACACUGGGAAGAAAAAUGCUAAAAUCAAGACGGGGUACAUCAACCUGGGCUGCGACGUGGACUUCGACAUCGCGGGGCCUUCGAUCCGCGGAGCCCUGGUGCUGGGCCAUGAGGGCUGGCUGGCCGGCUACCAGAUGAAUUUCGAGACCGCAAAGUCCCGAGUGACCCAGAGCAACUUCGCCGUUGGCUAUAAGAUGGAUGAGUUCCAGCUUCACACUAACGUGAAUGACGGGACAGAAUUUGGUGGCUCCAUUUACCAGAAGGUGAACAAGAAGCUGGAGACCGCUGCCAGUCUUGCCUGGACAGCAGGAAACAGCAACACUCGCUUUGGAAUCGCAGCCAAGUAUCAGAUCGACCCUGACGCCUGCUUCUCGGCCAAAGUGAACAACUCCAGCCUGAUUGGUUUAGGAUGCACUCAGACCCUAAAGCCAGGGAUCAAACUGACACUCUCAACUCUGCUGGACGGCAAGAAUGUCAACGCCGGUGGCCACAAACUUGGUCUAGGAUUGGAGUUUCAAGCAUAAAUGCAUACUGUACAAUUGUUAAUUUUAAACUAUUUUGCAGCAUA